GAAAAGCGCAAGCCGGUGUGGGAGUGAGCGGAAACCAGGAGCUGCACGGCACACAAGGACGUCUGUCUUUUUUCCUUUGAUUUGUGUGUGUCUGAUUUUCUGCAGUAAGUUGCAAGAAGUUGACUUUUCAUGUAAAGGAUUCUUUUACGGUCUUGCUCCCAAAGCGUUCAGCGUCCUCGCGGUUCGACUUUUCAACGCUGAGCCAUAUCAACAGUUAAUUGCUUCGUUUUAGAACAUCAACCUCAACAGCUCCACAGACCAGACCGAAGCACAAUGAUGAACAACAGAGAUCGCUGGAAGGUGUACAAAAGGGUGGCUGUCAUGUUCUGCCUAGCAGUGGUGGCACUGACUGUGGUCCAGAGGGGAAGCAUUAACAUGGGGGUUCCGUUCCAACUCGACAGGCGGGCUCGUAUGGAUGCUUCGGAGGAAGUGGACUCUGUAGCUUUACACUCCUCUCAGAGAAUAAAAAGUUUUUGGAAGGAGAGCAAACGCCAGCCGCUCCUGCCUCGUCGGUCAACCACCCAAGAACCCCGUGUCACUGCAGAAAAUAGCGCCACAACCUGGGACAUAACCAGCUCUAACUGUAGCGCCAAUCUCAGUCUCUCGGCCCAGGAUUGGUUUCGGGGCCUAGAGGAUAACUUCAAGCAGUUCAUGCUUUACCGGCACUGUCGCUACUUCCCAAUGCUUCUCAACCACCCCGAGAAGUGCUCGGGGGAAAUAUAUUUACUCAUGGUGAUCAAGUCAGUGGCUACCCAGCAUGACCGUAGAGAAGUCAUUCGGAAAACCUGGGGGAAGGAGCGAGUGUUGAAUGGCAAGAGGAUAAAGACGCUUUUCCUUCUCGGUCAACCGUCCAACCGUGCCGAAAGGGCAAACCAUCAGAGGCUUGUGGAGUAUGAGAACCGCAUCUAUGGUGAUAUCCUCCAGUGGGGCUUCUUGGAUAGCUUCUUCAAUCUCACACUGAAGGAGACCCAUUUCCUCAAAUGGUUCCACACCUACUGCCCAAACGUUCACUACAUCUUCAAGGGAGACGACGAUGUCUUUGUCAAUGUGGAGAACAUUUUUGAGUUUCUGGACAGCACGAGCCAUGCGAGGAAUCUCUUUGUAGGCGAUGUGAUUUUUAAGGCGAGGCCAAUCCGUAAAAAGGAAAAUAAGUACUACAUCCCACAAGCUUUGUACAACAAGACCCAUUACCCUCCGUAUGCGGGUGGAGGGGGGUUUCUGAUGGAUAGAACUGUGGCCCGGAGGCUUCACUGGGUAGCGGACACCCUGGAGUUGUACCCCAUUGAUGAUGUCUUCUUGGGUAUGUGCCUCGAGGUCCUCCAGGUCGCUCCGAUCAAACACAACGCCUUUAAGACGUUUGGCCUUGUGAAAAACAAAAGCAGCAAGUUGAAUAAAGAACCUUGUUUCUUUCGCAGCAUGAUUGUUGUUCACAAACUGCUCCCAACGGAACUCAGACACAUGUGGAAUCUGGUCAACAGUGACCUGGUGUGCUCGCAAAAAGUCACGAUCCUAUAGCUUGGCGAGGACGAGGAAUGGACAGCGCCGAGACGCCAGCUGAAUCUUGUUGUUUGUCAUAACAGUCAAAGGCAAGCAUUGCGUACUCUCCUUUCUGUGGAGAGAGACUGCAACAGCAUUUGCCAGUUCCGCGCUUAUAAAGUCACGCAAAUUAUCGAGUGGGAAAUGUGGGUAUUUAUAAGGCAGUUCAAUGACCUGCAGUUGAAUAAAUCAUUUGCAGCACGUUGUACUUCUUUCACUGGUCUCUUAAGUAGAAGACAAUGACUGACUGUUGAUAAACCCAUCAAUGUGAAUACAAGUUAUUGUUGCUCAACACAGAUGUGAAUGUUUCUGCCUGCCCAAAAGAAUGAAUAAUUGUUAGUUGUCUUUUUUUUUUAUCUUAAAGGCUAAAAUGACAGUUGUCAAUAUUUAGCCUCCCUGCCCCAAGAGGCCAGUGUCUGCAAAGCCAUCAAUGCACAUCCAUUGUGCAUUUUUGUGUACGAAAUAUUUCAUAUUCCUUUACCUUGGACCAGUAUAUGUGUGCCAAAAAGGCUUAAACAAUUACAAAUUAAGAGAAUAUCUCCCGGUGAUCCAGACUUUAUUUCAUUUCCAUUAUUCAAGGUGAACAUCUGGACAUGCAUGCCGUUGCGACUUCCAGCUUGUCCCAUCAGGGGUCGCCACGGCCUGUUACUCAAUCACAUGAUUUGCAUGGCGCAGUUUUUUGAGGCGGCUUGAUUUUUUUUUUAUUUAAUUUAAAUAUUAGAUGUCCUUUGAAGCAAACCAUUCAUUUUUAACGGGGCUUGGGACUGUGGCUGGGAAUCAAACCCAGGACAUAUUAAUGAAAGGCAGAAACAUACCACUAUAAUACCAGUGCUUUGUUUAGACAUGGAUCAAUAUUUCAAUUCAUUCUUUGUAUUGCAGCGGUCCUUGCACUUGGCAAAGAAUAUGACUGAAGUGGACAUCUGCUACUCCAUAGUAGAUAGUACUGGAAAUGUAAAAAAAUGAAAUAAAAUAACUAAGAUGCGCACUGCCCAUAUAAUUGAAUGUGCUGAUAUACUUGACAUGAUAUUGAUAGGUUUACAUUAUGACCCUGUACUCAAACUAUUACUGGUACGAAUAUGCAACACGUUAAUUUAAGAGUCCUGUCAUUGACAAAUGGGUGUUAAAUGUGGGGUUGAUAUUUAAUUUAAAGCAUGGAAUCGGUGAUAACUGUGUUGGGAGUGGAUGUUAAUUAAACAAUGUUUGAUAUGUGAAUAUGAAAGUGUAAAUAAAUGUCCUGUUUUGGUCCAAGCAUAA